AUGAUUGGAGGCUUGCCCAUUGUGAUUCUCUGUGUGGCAAACACGACAUUCUUCGUGCUGACGGCUUUCAAGAUAGCGAAGAUGAAUCGAGAGACACAAGUGCUGCUGGGUAGAGAGAGCUGCGCCAAUGACCAGCGAAGAAAAGACACACAAAGGUUCACUAUUUACGUCAAGUUGUUCAUCUUGAUGGGGAUCAACUGGAUCCUGGAAGUGGUCAGUUCCUUCUACCCUGAUGCUGACAUCUUCUGGCAAUUUUCUGACGCCUACAACGUCCUGGUCGGCCUCAUCAUCUUCAUCAUGUUUGUAAGAAGAAGACUUGGAAGACUUAGAGGAUUGUCUAGUUUCAUAUUUGCUUUCAAAGGUCGAUAA